CGCACCGUCUGUGCACAGCUGCUUGUCUCUCUGAGCCUGUCCCGUGAGGCACGAGUUUCCCCUGCUGGACCCCAGGCUGGAUGGCACGGGGGACGAGCUGUGCCGAUUAAUUCUUUACGCUCAGUUCUUUGCGUGUGAGCGAGCGUGUCUCCCCGAGGGCUUAAUGCAAGAUAAUCAUUCCACACGGCCCUCUGUGGAAUGCGUCCUGGGAGCCAGGGGCCUCCUGAGGUUCUGGGGCCACUGCCAUGAACGGGACAGGCGAUCAACAGACAACCCUUGUGCCAGUGCUCUGAGGGCAGGGGACAUUAGUCGCUGACGCGCCUAAUGGAGAGACCGGCUUCGGUACAGAUGGUCAUGGAAGGUUUCUGAGGACCCGACAGAUACUUACACUGAGAUCUGAUUGGACGUUAGUCAAGCGGAGAGAGGGGAAAAGUGUUUCAGGCAGAAGGAAGCACGUGCAAAGCUUGUCGCUGAAUUCUGAGGGGACAGAGAGGAUGGCCACUGGGGCGCCAGCGUCUGAGCGGGGUGACGCGGUCGGGACGGAGGACCCGGCCUCCCGCUUCCAGGUGCAGAAACACUCGUGGGACGGGCUCCGGAACAUCAUCCACGGCAGCCGCAAGAACUCGGGCCUCAUCGUCAACAAGGCUCCACACGACUUCCAGUUCGUGCAGAAGACAGACGAGUCGGGCCCCCACUCCCACCGCCUCUACUACCUGGGGAUGCCUUAUGGCAGCCGCGAGAACUCCCUCCUCUACUCAGAGAUCCCCAGGAAGGUCCGGAAGGAGGCUCUGUUGCUCCUGUCUUGGAAGCAGAUGCUGGAUCACUUCCAGGCCACUCCCCACCACGGAGUCUACUCUCGGGAGGAAGAGCUCCUUCGGGAACGGAAGCGCCUGGGGGUCUUUGGCAUCACCUCCUACGACUUCCACAGCGAGAGCGGCCUCUUCCUCUUCCAGGCCAGCAACAGCCUCUUCCACUGUCGGGACGGGGGCAAGAAUGGCUUCAUGGUGUCCCCCAUGAAGCCCCUGGAAAUCAAGACCCAGUGCACCGGGCCCCGCAUGGACCCCAAGAUCUGCCCUGCCGACCCCGCCUUCUUCUCCUUCAUCAACAACAACGACCUGUGGGUGGCCAACAUUGAGACGGGCGAGGAGCGGCGGCUGACCUUCUGCCAUAGAGGCUCACCCAGUGUCCUCGAUGACCCCAGGUCUGCGGGCGUGGCCACCUUCGUCAUCCAGGAAGAAUUCGACCGCUUCACCGGCUACUGGUGGUGCCCUGCCGCCUCCGGGGAGGGUCCGGAAGGCUGUAAGACGCUGCGGAUCCUGUACGAGGAAGUUGACGAGUCUGAGGUGGAAAUUAUUCAUGUGCCCUCUCCCGCACUAGAAGAAAGGAAGACGGACUCCUACCGAUACCCCAGGACAGGCAGCAAGAAUCCCAAGAUCGCCCUGAAGCUGGCCGAGUUUCAGACCGAUAGUCAGGGCAAGAUCGUGGCGACCCAAGAGAAGGAGCUGGCACAACCCUUCAGCACACUCUUCCCCAGGGUGGAGUACAUCGCCAGGGCCGGGUGGACCCGGGACGGCAAAUAUGCCUGGGCUAUGUUCCUGGACCGGCCCCAGCAGCGGCUCCAGCUUGUCCUCCUCCCCCCGGCCCUGUUCAUCCCCGCCACCGAGGAUGAGCAGGAACGGGUGGCCUUGGCCAGAGCGGUGCCCAGGAAUGUCCAGCCGCACGUGGUGUACGAGGAGGUCACCGACGUGUGGAUCAACGUUCAUGACAUCUUCUACCCGUUCCCCCAGUCCGAGGGAGAGGGCGAGCUCUGCUUCCUCCGUGCCAACGAGUGCAAGACCGGCUUCUGCCACUUGUACAAGGUCACCGCCAUCUUAAAGCCCGGAGGCUACGACUGGAGUGAGCCCUUCAGCCCCGGGGAAGAUGAAUUUAAGUGCCCCAUCAAGGAGGAGAUCGCGCUGACUAGCGGCGAGUGGGAGGUUUUGGCAAGGCACGGCUCCAAGAUCUGGGUCAACGAGGAGACGAAGCUGGUGUACUUCCAAGGUACGAAGGACACGCCCCUGGAGCACCACCUGUACGUGGUCAGCUAUGAGUCGGCGGGCGAGAUCGUGCGCCUCACCACACCCGGCUUCUCCCACAGCUGCUCCAUGAGCCAGAACUUCGACAUGUUCAUCAGCCACUACAGCAGCGUGGGCACGCCGCCCUGCGUGCACGUCUAUAAGCUGAGCGGCCCCGACGACGACCCUCUGCACAAGCAGCCCCGGUUCUGGGCCAGCAUGAUGGAGGCGGCCAGCUGCCCCCCGGAUUACGUGCCCCCCGAAAUCUUCCAUUUCCACACGCGGUCGGACGUGCGGCUCUACGGCAUGAUCUACAAGCCACACGCCGUGCAGCUGGGAAAGAAGCACCCCACUGUCCUCUUUGUAUACGGAGGCCCCCAGGUGCAGCUGGUAAACAACUCCUUCAAAGGCAUCAAGUAUUUGCGGCUCAACACGCUGGCAUCCCUGGGCUAUGCCGUGGUCGUGAUCGAUGGCAGGGGCUCGUGUCAGCGGGGGCUUCGGUUCGAAGGAGCCCUGAAAAACCAAAUGGGCCAGGUGGAGAUCGAGGACCAGGUCGAGGGCUUGCAGUUCGUGGCCGAGAAGUACGGCUUCGUCGACCUGAGCCGGGUUGCCAUCCACGGGUGGUCGUACGGAGGCUUCCUCUCGCUCAUGGGGCUGAUCCAUAAGCCCCAAGUGUUCAAGGUGGCCAUCGCGGGCGCCCCGGUCACAGUCUGGAUGGCCUACGACACCGGCUACACUGAGCGCUACAUGGACGUCCCGGAGAACAACCAGCUCGGCUACGAGGCGGGUUCUGUGGCUCUGCACGUGGAGAAGCUGCCCAAUGAGCCCAACCGCCUGCUGAUCCUGCACGGCUUCCUGGACGAGAACGUGCACUUUUUCCACACAAACUUCCUCGUGUCCCAGCUGAUCCGAGCCGGAAAACCUUACCAGCUCCAGAUCUACCCCAACGAGAGACACAGCAUCCGCUGCCCCGAGUCCGGCGAGCACUAUGAAGUCACGCUGCUGCACUUUCUACAGGAGUACCUCUGAGCCCCGCGCCCCGGGGCCUGCACAUUCAGAGCACAAGUGGCUUCGCCGCCGCCGCCGCCGCCGCCGCCGCCGCCGCCGCCGCCGCCGCCGCCGCCGCCGCCGCCGCCGCCGCCACCGCAGGGGGAGCGGGCGGGAGGGGCCGAGUGGCCCCCGAAGGCCCCUCCACUCGGCGCCUCCUCCCGCCGCCCCCGCUGGCCAGCCUCGCCCCGGGGCCUCCGCCUUCGCCGCCCCCGCGCCUUUUAUCAUUGUUUUAAUGCUCCUGGCCGUUUUGCCUGCUGCUUCUCGGUGGCCAGGACGGCGAGAUGAGGCCCGCGUCGCAGAGGCGCGUCCUCAAGCCAUCCCCUCCUCUCCACGCUGUCCGGGAGCCCCGACUCCGCUGGGCACGGGGCGGGGGGUGUGAGGGGGGGGCGGAGACCCUGGGGGGACCGGGCCUCCGUCGCGGGGCCUCCCCACCCGGUCCCCGGCCCCAGCCCGCAGCGCGCCGGCCGCCACCGAAGCAUGCGACUGCCUUGCCCUCCAGCCCCGCCCACCUCAUGUCGCGUUCUGUUGGGGGGGGGGGGGCCGCUUCUGACGACUAUUUAAGAGACCGAGCAGAGCAGAGGGUGCCUAAACCGGGGAUGGGGUCCGCCGCCAGCCCCGGGCGGGCUCCCGUCCUCUCCCGGCCCGGAGCGGGGAGCCUCCUGCCCGGCUCUGAAGCGCGCGCAGACCGGGGGCUCCGGGCUUGGGACGGAGCCGUCCCCGCCUCAGGGUUCGCCUUCCCCCUCCCCUCCCCUCCCCGCCAAGACUCCUGCCGGGGGCGGGCGAAAAGGAAAACAAAAGCAAAAAAACAAAACAAAAACCACACACAAAUGAAAACCCCCACCGGAAACGAACCACCUCUACAUAUUAUGGAAAGAAAAUAUUUUUGUCGAUUCUUAUUCUUUUAUAAUUAUGCGUGUAAGAAGUAGACUCAUUAAACAAUUCCGGACGGAA